UCCCAAAUUUGGCCGCCCCCACCAGCUCAUCCAUGUUCUCUCUCUAUAAUCUAUAUAUAGCCCAUCUUCAUUUUAAAGAUUAUCCCUUUUCCCCAAAUCUUCUGAUCUUUUCCAUUUCUUGCUGGUGGGUGGGGUUAGCUUCUUGUUCAAGGCUCAAGAUUCAAUUCCCCAUCCCAUCUACAAUCAGUAAAUCAAUCAGAAUGGCUCGAUCUUUAUCGCAAACUCUAACUCGUUUUUCCCCUCUUUCGAAUUCUCUAUCCACCGCCGCGUCUACCACCCGUCUGAUAAACUUCCGACACCGGUCGAAUUCGCCGGAGAUUAAUUCCGUUGAAUUCCCGGUGGCGGAGGAUACGGAGAAGGUGGCGAUUAAUACUCUGGAGGACGAAAUCCAUAACAUAAUUGUGAAGAGAUCUCAACCUGACUGGAUCCCUCUUGUUCCCGGUGCUUCUUAUUGGGUCCCACCUAGGAGUAAGGCUCAUGGGUAUGCUAAAGUGAUAAGGAAACUGGUUCAUUGCUCCGCCGCCACGGCGAGGAUGAAGGGUCAUACUAAUAAGUCGGUAUCUCUUUCUUCGAGUCGUGGGUGGCCUUCUUCUGCUCAUUACUUCAAAGGAGGAUCCCAUUCUCCAAUGGAGGGAGAGACAACAUCUAAGUACGCAUCACAAUCAGAGGACGAGGAAGGGUAAAUCUGUUCUUCAACAGAAAAUUGUAUCCAAGACUUCCACCAACUGUAAAUUAUUUGUGGAGAAGGUGGGAACUUGACAGACAGAUCGGGGGAUUGAGAAUUUCGACACAUGAUUGCUGAGCAGAAAGAAGGUGAUGAGGAAGCAGCCUGAUUUGGGCAAAAGAUAAAAGAUGGAGAGACAGGAUUUUUUCAAGGUGAAAAUCAACAACCGUUUACACUUAUGAGAAAGAGAGUUGUAUCUCCUUUGGAAUGCUGGUUGGAAACUGUUUGUAUGUAACUUUAGUGUAAAACAAAGAUUUCAGCCUUGUGAAUAUUCGAAUCUUGAUCCAUGUAUCAAUAUCAUGUAUGUAUAAGAGGUGUGGAUAUACAGAUGUUUCAGUUGAAAUUCAAUAAGUAUUCAUUGGUAAUUUUGUCUGGAAA